AUGAACCUGUUCGUAUUUAUCUCAAGUUGUUCCUAUGACUCGCGAGCCGGUGAAUUAAGAUGUCAACCGGUCAAUCUGGUUACCAGUAGUAUUUUUGAUUUACUGUAUAUUUCAGGCUACCAGCAGUAUUUUGACCGGUUCGCCACGGAAGGUUUGCUGGACAAGGAGGGAUUUAAGAGAGUUUUACAAUGUCUGGGCGCGGAUCCACCGCAAUGUGUAGUAGACAAGAUCUUCGCCGAACACGAUAAAGAUGAAAAUUCUCAGUUAAAUCAGGAAGAAUUCCACGAAUGGAUCCAGGACCGAAUCAAGUCCAAGCCCCAGAUGCGGGACUCCCUAAUGGAGAGUCUGGACAUUCUAUUUCCCGGACAGGACGCGGUCAAUAUAGACGAACUCCUGGAAAAACUCUCCGAACUCGGCGAACAGUUCGACGACACGGAGAGGACUUAUGCAAGCAUGAUGCUGACACAGUUUGAUAGUAACAAAGAUGGUGCUAUUGCCAACACAGAACUUAGUACCUGUUUCUACUCUGAUGACAAACAAAUUGAGGAUGCCAACCAGGAAGUAGAAGAAACAAAUGAAGAGGAAGGACACCAGGAAACAGCUGAAGAGGAAACACAGGAAGUGACAGAGGAAAACCAGGAGGUGGAAGAAGAGAAGCAGGAGGAAACAGAGGAAAAAGAGGAAGUGACAGAGGAAACUCAAAAAGUGACAGAGGAAACUCAAGAGGUGACAGAGGAAGUCCAGGAGGUGAACGAGGAACCUGAAGAAAAAGCAGAAGAAAACCAGGAAGUUGUGGAAGAAAAGCAGGAGGAAACAGAGGAAAAGCAGGAGAUGGCAGAGGAAAGUCAGGAAGUGACAGAGGAAAGUCAGGAGGUUACAGAAGAAAAUCAAGAAGCAAAAGAGGAAACUGAGGAAAAGGCAGAAGAAAAUGAGGAAGUAAAAGAGGAAACAACAGAAGAAGCAAAGGAAAUUACGGAGGAAACAGAAGGAAAUCAGACAGCAGUACAGGAAAGUCAGCAGGAAUCUCAAGGAAACCAGGAAGCCACAGAGGAUACACAGGAAACAAAUUAAGGAUGAAUCUGGGAAUCAGGAAGGGGCUGAAUAAAGGAUAAUCUUCCCAUUUAACUUUUUUUAAAAUUAAAUGGCGUUCUACACAAAAUUAUAUAAAUAUGCAUUUUACACCAAACAAGCUCCAAUACCAAGAGGGCAGUCAUUUUUUUUGGUUUUAAAUCAUUGGAUUCAGUAAUAGUGAAAUUUUGUAAUCUUUUUCCGUUCUUCAAGCUUUAUUUUGCCUUUGUAUACCAGGCAAGAAUUCAGACAGAUGUACAUAAAUCUAUAAUUAUUACAAUUACUGGAACCAGCGGUCAGUUACUGCAGAUAAUGUGCUUUCAAAAAUGAUUGAAUUCCUCUAAUCUAGUCUCUAUUUCCAUGGUGACUAUAUAUGUGAUAUUAGUUCAAGAUAUUUUUGUACAUGUACCUGUGUGAUUAGAUACUUUGUGUCAAGACUUUUCAUAUCUUAUCUAUAUUAAUUUUUAAUUAAUAAUUCAUUAUUCUUGCUUCAAGAGUAAAUUAAUAAGUUAAUUACCUGUGUAAGCAAGAGGUUUCCGUUUCAAGGAAAUCAUCUCAUAUGUUUACA